GGCGUCCAGAAGCUUCCGAGCCGGGGCGACGGCCACGAACGCGCCGCGCGGCCCAGAACCUUCCGUCCCCGUCCGGUCGCGCUCGCUCCCGUACCGGGCAGGAGUAUUUAUCAGCCACCACCGCCCACUUUCCCGCGGAAGGAAAGCAGCAGCAGAAGUCGACGCCUGCGUUGGGUGCCGCUGCCACUGUGCUCCAGCAUUUUUUGUUGGUUCUUGGUCUUGGAUUCUUCCGUCUGCGAUAGGAGGUUGCUGGUUAGUCGUUCGUUUGCUUGUUGGGUGGGUGGCUGAUCCGGGAUGGACCGCCUGCUGCUGCCGGUGAGGGUGAAGGAGGAGUGGCCGCCGCCGCCGCCUCCGGAGGAGGAGGAGGAGGAGUUGGAGGAGCACCGGGGCCUGGCGCCGCGGCCGAUGGUGGGGCUGCACGAGACGGGGCCGCCGCCGUUCCUGACCAAGACGUUCGACCUGGUGGCCGACCCGGCCACCGACGGCGUCGUCUCCUGGGGCCGCGGCGGGAACAGCUUCGUCGUCUGGGACCCGCACCUCUUCGCCGCCGUGCUGCUCCCGCGCUUCUUCAAGCACAGCAACUUCUCCAGCUUCGUCCGCCAGCUCAACACCUACGGUUUUAGAAAGAUCGAUCCAGACAGAUGGGAGUUUGCGAAUGAGGGUUUCAUUAGGGGCCAGAGACAGCUCCUAAAGAUGAUAAAGAGAAGGAGACCAUUGUCUUAUCUCCCUUCAUCACAGCAGCAGGCCCUUGGCUCCUGCCUCGAGGUCGGCCAGUUCGGAUUCGACGAUGAAAUCGAAGUGCUAAAGCGCGACAAGAACGCCUUACUCUCAGAGGUGGUGAAACUGAGGCAGGAGCAGCAGAGCACGAGAGCUGACAUGCGAGCCAUGGAGGAGAGGCUACACCGGGCGGAGCAGAAGCAGCUCCAGAUGAUGGGUUUCCUGGCAAGAGCAAUACAGAACCCUGACUUCUUUCUCCAGCUUGUCCAGCAACAAGAUAAACUGAAGGACCUCGAGGACCCUUACCCAACGAAGAGGAGGAGGUCCAUCAACGUAAUGCCGUUCCUUGGCCCUGAGGGGACGAGUCAGAGUGAGCAACUCGAGUCCACAUUCAUUUUUGAGGACAGGGAAUUUUCAGAGCUGGAGAAUUUAGCAAUGAACAUUCAAGGGAUCAGGAAGGGCAUGGAGGAUGACAAAGGUGGUCGGAGUCAGGGCUGCGGUGAGGCCGAGCUGACUGAUGACUUCUGGGAGGAGCUGCUGAGUGAAGGAAUGAGGGAUGAGGCUGAGAUGCUAGAGCUGGAAAGGAGGAGAUCUAGAUAUGUCGACGCGUAGCGCGAAAGCUGGGUCGUCUAAGUAACAACGAUCCAAACUCUACCAGAAUUCAUAACCAUUUAAUCUGUAUACCAUUGUAUUGAUAGCUGUAUUGUAUAUUGUAGUGCUAAUUUAUAGUCAUAGUCUCAUAGACUGAUUGUAUUGCGGUUCCACACCGAUUAUGUGGUAUAUAUCUAGUGGUAUAAAAACUGUCCCUGGAUUCA